AUGAUACAAUUGAAGACGAUGCUUAACUGCAUCGACAACUCCGGAGCUGCCAUUGUCGAGUGUGUCGCUGUCAUGAGGAAAAAGAAGCAGGCUGCGAGAAUAGGUGACAGGAUUAUCGUCGUUGUUCAGAAACAAAAGUCUUUCGGCGCAGAAACCCCCGGCGGAUCGAGUUUGAGUAUUGCGAACAAAGUACGAAGAGGUGACAUCCGACACGCAGUGGUUGUGAGAGCGAGGAAGGAGGAGCGCAGGAAAGAUGGGAGUCUGAUACGCUUCGACGACAAUGCCUGUGUCCUCAUCAACAAGAACGGGGAUCCGAUUGGGACGAGGUUAUCAAGUAUCGUGGGGGCAGAACUACGGGAUAAAAAGUGGUCAAAGAUCUUGUCGCUGGCGCCGAUGCACGUAUAA